AUGGAUGCAUUGGCAGUUGGCAAAGGUAUCAACAUGGUACUACACUCGGGCGAAGAUGUCUUCAUUACUGCCUUUCCCCUGCUUCUGACGGGGGAUAUGCCUCAACAGAAUCAAAACUCGGGGGCGAAGAUAGAUAAAGCAACAUACGGGUGUCGCUCGUGCUUCAUAGCAGAUACCGAUCGAGGGAACCUAUCGUUCAAUGAGCAACACCAUGGGAGAUACAGGCAGCACGUGAGGUUAAUAUACGACACUGCGAAGUCACAGCCCACAAAGGCCAGGAAAGAAGCGUCUCUGCGUAGAGCUGGACUGUCAGAUACUGGGCCUUUUUUCGAUAACUGCUAUAAGAUGAUGGACCCGCUACGUAGCACACCAAACGACCCCAUGCAUGCCGAGCUCCGCCUCUGCAAAUACUUUGAGGAAGCAGUACUGGAGGCUAUGCUGUCGACAGAGGGAAUCAAAGCUUAUCUGGCGGCAUGGAAUAUGGUGCAGGUGCCAUAUGGAUGGGGCCAACCACAAAAUCCUGUCAGCCACAAGGGCUCGAUGGUUUUCAAUGAACACGGAAGGAUAGCGAUCAUCAACCCCUUUGUGCUGAUGCAUAUAUUUACCAACGAUUGCUGGACCUACCACCCCGAGGAAGUAAGGAAUAAUAGAUUACUACUGCGGCGUGCACGGCUGUCUUAUGUCAAGCCUCUAGUGGGGAAACGUUUACAAGACGAGUUCGGAGAAGAUGCCACGGGGGGGAUCGCCAAGACUGCAUGGUUGUUGGCUAGAUGCGUGACUUUGACCCUGCAAGAAAAGAUAUCAACAUCUGAGAGGUCUAGAUUCACUCUGACCGUACUACAGGCUCGGCACAAUCUUCAGAGGAUAUUCAAAUGCGCAGCGGGUGAUCGCGACGGGAAGAAGUUCAAAAAUUAUGUAACGGUCCCCAACGUACAUCUAGCUCUCCAUUACCAAGAGGACAUACAAAAUUACGCCACGGCCAGGAAUAGUUCCACGAUGACAGGAGAGCAAAAGCACAAGAUUUUUAAGCUUCAUGCACCACAUACAAAUUCGAAAGAUAAUGAUUUACAGUUAAUGAAGGCAAUGAACACCGCACAGACAAUCACCUUCAUGCUGGCUGGGGCCUUUCAAGUUAUCGCGCCUAAGGUCACCACUCAAUUAACUAGCGUCGUAAACAAAUGCCCGAGAAUGUGCUCGCGGUUUCUAGGGGUUACGAAGGACAUGGAUGGCGAGGAUGAGCCAAUAUCUACACAAGCCACAGGAAUAGACUGCGAGGGAUCGGUUUUCACCAAAGCCAUUGCAGGACUUGCAGUGCCUAUAAAGAAAGUCUCACAAGAGGACUACGCAUAUGAUGGCGAUACUAGAUGCAGUGUGUACCAAGCGGAAUACGACACGGAGCUACUACCGCAGGUGCGUGUUAAAAUUCACUACUGGCGAUAUUUUUCCGCAGUACCCAAGGGAGAAGUGGGCCGCAAAGCAAGGCCUUUCAAAAUUCGAGAGGGCCAAAUAAUAAAAAUGAAUGACGGUGUUCAUUCCUUUCACCAUGUUAGUAGGAUUUUUACGAUUAGUGUAGGGACUAUGGUGCGGGUCCUAUUUGUAGUGAAGCCUUUGGAAUAUGUCGCUGAAGAGGUGUCGGCAAUGGCACCGGCUUACAAGGUGUUCCGACUGCACGAUUCUGAACCAGAGAUGACAAUUGGUAUCAGAAGAAUUGACUGUCGUAUGAUGCAUUUCGUGUCAAAGAACAACAAAGACACAUGGUGGUAUAAUCCGUAUCUACCUAACUUUUCUUAA